GUUUUCAAAUAUUAAGGACUCGCCCUGCCCUUUCCGGAACCCUUUGGAUUUUUUAAAAUUAGAUCCUACCUAGCCUGCCCCGAAGCUGUAUUACUUGCCCCUGCUAGUGGAUCAUGUCCCUGGCCGUUUGCCACUCUUAGCGGCUAGGGUUGCGUUGGGAUGAGUUACAGGAAGAAGUGAGGCGGGCGGUGGCGGCAUGAUGAUGCGAUACGGCGGUUGCAGGGCUGAGGAGAGGGUGUGGUUUUGUGCAGCAAUUGUUUAGGCCUGGGGAUGGGGACGGGGUUGGUGGAUUGGGGAGCAGCUGAUGUGGUCACUGUUAGGGCGGUGGUUGUCAAAGGUGGCAGUCGCCAGGUGUGUGCGGGUUGUGUGCAGUUGGGGUACGUGGUGGCUGAUCGAUCGCAGUGUUGGCGGCGACAGUAACAUCUUUACUCAAUCGUACUGAAAAACCUCUCCUACACUCCUCUUCUUUACUUGUUCUGGGUAGCAUCUUCUGUUUAUCAACACUUAAACCAGAAAUCUAUUUUUGAUUUAAUGUUUUGACUUAAUUUGUUGUAAUUAUUAAUAGCAUUGUAUGCUUUUUUAAACACUAUCACUAUGGAGUAUUUGUUGGUGAUUUAGGAGUUAUGAAUGUCAAGAUGUUUGGAAGUUUCACUAACAUAGAUCAUAUUUUUAGUUAGUUUAGUCGCCUUCCGCCAUUUCUGAUUUCACUGCUCAUUAUUUCUAAGAUACCGAAAAUACCACAUUUUUGUAGAUAGACUGCAAAGAGUUGAAAGGCUUCGUAUCGAUUGGGAGAAAUUUGGGGUAUUCAUGGCCACCGAUCACUCAGACGAUUUAGACCAGCUACUUGACAGCGCUUUGGAUGAUUUAAUUUCCAGAGUCUCAAUAUCGUUGGUGCUUCUCAAAGAAGUAAAGUGGGAGAAGAGAAGGGGAGUUGUAUGCCUAGCGAGGUUCACGGUCUAGGGACGGGAUUGCCAGAUUUAAGAGCUAAGAAAACUGGUAAGCAAAAGAAGGAAUCCAAAGCUGUGAAGGACUCGCACUCCUCUGAGGCUCCUGAUAAGCUCAAAGAGCAAACCAGUGGCGCUGUGAAGGGCUUAGAAUCGAUAAAUGGCUUAGAGCUUCCUGCUGAUCAGGAUUUGGGAGUGAUGCAAUGAUGGAUGAAUGGGUCAAGCAGUUUGAGGAGCUUGCUGGGUCUCAGGAAAUGGAGUCUAUGGUAGAGACCAUGAUGCAAUAACUCUUAUAUAAAGAAAUUCAUCACGAGCCUAUGAAAGAAAUGGAAGAAAGAUACCCUAAAUGGUUAGAUGAAAAUAAAGCUAAACUGGUGAACAAAGAAUACAACCAUUAUGAGAAGCAGUAUGAACUCAUAAAAGAGCUUAAUGUAGUUUAUGAAACUGAGCCAGCAAACUUCAACAAGAUUGUUGAGCUUAUCCAGAAAAUGCAAGAGUGUGGCCAACUACCUAAUGACAUUGUCAAUGAGCUUGCUCCAGAUUUUGAUUUGUCAAGUCUUGGUCAAUUAACCCCUGAAAUGCUUGGGUCUCAACCAAAUUGUUGUAUUACAUGAUCAAACAGGCAAAGCCUGCCUUCACUGCCCGUUUUGCUUCGGCUUUCAUCACUUCAUCUGUUAUCCUCAGUGACUAUGAAAUAGGACUUUUUUUUGCUCUCUUAGUAUAUUUGAUUGUAUUGUUGAGUGAAGUUAUGUGAAUUUUGUAGGUUUUCAUGAUGUGGUUCAAUAUCAAACAAAGCAAAGUUCUGCACAGAAUUCUCUACAGGUGCGCUUUUAAUAUCUUCUAUUCCCCUAUCUUAAAAGAAAAGUCAUGUAAAAAACUUCAGAUUGUACUUUUCUUUGCUGAGGACUAGGAGUAGGAGGGUAUUACAGCUAAUAUGAAAUAAUUUUCUUCUUUAGAAUACGUUUCUUCAGGUGCGCUUCUACUAUCUCUUUUCUUGUUUAGUUUCUAUUGUUGUUGCUCUGAGUUAUUGCCUGGCUGAUUGCACCUUAUUUAUGAAAUAUGUGGUAUUUUAGAUUGUUGAACGAUGUAAAUGGAUUGUGCAGUUCAAAUGCAGCCACACCUUUAUGGAAGGAGAAAGAAGCUUUGGACAACGAUAAUUAGCCUAAAAGUUUUUGUAAAAUUUUCCAAAAACUUCCCUCAUAGCAUUUAGCCUAAAAGUAUUAACUCUUAGGAGAAACAUUUAUUUUUUCUAAAGGAAAAAUGUAAAACUAUAUUAAUUUAAUCAUUGGUUUGCAGUUACAACCAACCAAUAACUCAAAAUCCAACUAUUUUCUAACCGACUCCAUCUAAAUUCAAUAAAAGCCCUAUAAUCAGAUUCCGAGACGACCAUUUUCAAAGAAGCGGUGCAAUCGCUGACCACCAAACGUGCACCAUAGAGUUCAACCUGACCCUUAAGAUCACCGUCUCUUUACCACAUCAACAAACUCAAAAUAGCCGAAAAGUCCCCUUAGAUCCUGAUCAGAAAUAGAAAAUUUCAUCCAGAAUAUAAUAGAGUGAAACUUUUCGCUGAACAUAUGAGAGUUUCGCAACAAAUAAGGACCAUGAGCAUCUCAGGAAAACCACAAUUUUGAAGUGACAUCUUCCAGACUCUAGCCACAUGAUCCCUUCAUGGCGGCGGUUCAGGAGGCGGACUGAUCAUCAAUUCUGCAUAUCUUCCUCACCCUGAUUCUUGUUCAUCACAUUCUCUACCAUGCAUUCACUUUCGACACCCAUAGCACACCACCAAACGUCAAUCGGCAUCGCAAGAUAGCUUUCCUUCAAUUCUGAAUCUCCACUCUUGUUGAUAAAACAAUAAGCGAUGCCCUCAUCAAAUGAAUCUCAAAUCGACUAAAUUACUUUCUUGAAAUUCAGAUCAAAUCAAACGAUUCACUCAAAUUAACAUGUACAACUGCACGCUUGGAGAAAAACGGAGGAAAAAUAAAAAACCUACAUGAGAGGGAAACGACCCUGCUUUGAGAGAAAUCAAAUUCAAUUCCUAUUGUUGAGAAUUUCACUUAGAGAAUAUGAUUGAGAAGAGCUACUGAUGUUUGAUGCAAAACCAGAUUUUAUGUAAGGGGGACACGACGGAAGCAUCUUCUCUCACGUCAAAACCCUCGAGCUUACCCGCAGUGGGUAGCUCAGUUGGUCGAGUGGUGGGAGAUUUGGGUCAAUGGACCAAGGUUCAAAUCCCCGCAGCGAUCGGGUGGAGGUCACAGAACCUGAAAUAAGGUUGGACCUCUGGUGCGCACUAGUGUAUGGGCCUAUUGCCACUCUGCUGACUAAGUCACCGUGUAACGUUUUGGCUGUUAUGUAUUGAUCGUUCCUUUAAGUCCACAUUCCUGCCGUUUAUUCUUGUCUGCUGCCAAAUAGCUAUGCACGAAUGAUAGCCUGCCACGUAAGUCCUAGGAAUAUCCCGACCUCACUAGAACUCCGCCCAGGCUCGAGGUCUGCUGUCCAGCCUGGCCCUAACCGGACUGUUCAAUUCACCUCCUCAACCGUUAAAUAGUAUCAAAAUUACGGGAAAAAAUACAAAUAUAAAAUAAAGCACAAGUUAAAAGUAUAAAAUAUAAACAUGAAAUAUUUAUAUUUUGCGGUAAAUUCAUAAUAAAAAAUAAAAUAUACACUUAUAGAAAUUCUUUAACUCUAUUCUAUAUUUUAUAUCUAUAUUUUAUAUAACAGAAUAAACAAUAUAUUUCCACUAACUAUAUUUAAAAUUGUAUUUUAUGUAAUAUAUCUAAAAUUUUGUUUUUUUGGUUUUUUCUUUGAUGAUUUAUAUUAUGUUUAUAUUUUCCAUUUUAUUUUUUCUUUCAGUAUUUUUAAUUUAUUUAGAAAAUAAACUAAAAUAUAUUAUUUUGGUAUAACUAGAUAUCAAAAGUAUUUUAUUCAGAUGUAAAUAUGUUUUUUCAAAGUAUACUAAUUAGACUAGCUGUUUUAUAUUUAUAUAAGUGAAAAAAAGACAUAUAGAAGAUUAAACUCUAUACUUUGUACUAAUUAUAUAGACCAUAACAAAUUUAUACAGUACUAUAUAAGAAGAAAAAUAUAAAAAUAGUAAUUACAUACUUUUAUUCUUUAUCUAAUACAUACAUACGUACGUACAUACGUACAUACGUGCAUAUCAUAGUACUUUUUUACAUAUUAAAUAUACUACACAUUAAUUAUGUGAACAUUAUAUUGUAUAAAGUAGGAUAAAGAGUCAAAUAGGUCAAUAUACUCGUCCGUAAUGUUCAAUUAACCCCUGAACUAAAAAAAGCUCCAAUUGGCACCCUGAACUGGAUAAAAAGUUUCCAAUUUGACAAUUUGCUUGUAACCCAUCCGGUCAGCGCCAUGUCAUCAGAUCAUGUGCCAACUGUGCAUCUGAUGUUGCAACUCAAGUGGUCAAAUUAGCCCCUGAAGCCAACCGAAUUGUUCAAUUCACCCUCCUCAGCCGUAACAAAGUGUCAAAAUUACGAAAAAUAAAAAAUAAAAAUACAAAUAUAAAUAAAAUAUAGUUCGAAACUAUUAAAGAUAAAAAUGAAAUAUUUUUAUUUUGCAUUUAAUUCAAAAUAAAAAUAAAAAUAAACAAAAAUAAUUUCUUUUCCUUUAUUUCCAAAUACAGAGUAUUUUGUUUAUAUUUGGGAGGCUUAUACUGAUCAAGGUGGGAGGCUCAUACUAAUCAAGGUGGGAGGCUCAUACUGAUCAAGCACGUGCCAAGUAAUAGUGUAAUUAUAAAGACUCCUAUGUAAUUACUCUUAAUAUUGUUUAUUAUAAAUACAAGGUUAGGGCUACAUAUUGGAUAAGCCAUUCUAUCACAAUUAUUCUUUCUCACCAAGUUCUAUCCCAUUACAUGUACUUGCGGUUACAGGUAUACCAGCAUCAACAAUGCACAUCAUUAAUAAGAAAAUUUUAAAUUUCUUUUGGGGUUUUAAGGAGAAUAGGCCUAAACAUCACUGGAUUUCACUAAAGAUGAGUAGGCCCACUGAUGAUGGGGUGUGGGCAUCAAGUCCCUAUUGCAGUCUCAAAAAAUCUCAUCCAUUAAACUGUGGUACGGUGGGAGUUUCAAAAUGGGGUUUCUAGGACGGGAGGAGGACUUUGGGGGGAGGUUAAGCCUCUUGACUCGCCAACUUGGGGGAGAAUCUGCCCGGUCAACAAAGAGGCAGAGCAGAUGGUUGAUCGAGGUCCAACCUCUAUCAAAUGGAAGCAUACAAAGGAGGGGAAGUUCACUACCAAGUCAGCUUACAAGGCCAUCAUGCGAGGGGGGCUAAUUUAUACAUACAUUUGGCAUCACAAACAGGUGCCAAAAAUUAAAAUCUUCUUAUGGAGAUUGUGGCACAAGGGACUACCCUUCCCGGAGUAGUUGGUGAGAUUUAGUGCAAUUUAUCCUUUCAGCUAUCCACUUUGUAACUCAGCCUCUGCAUCCCAGGAGCAUGUCCUCCUUAUGUGUCCUAUAGCGCGUACAGUCCGGAAUUUCUAUGACAAUUCACUGCAACUUCAAGGAAGACCAGUUAGCCAUGUUAAAUCGCAGAUCAGGAAAUGGUGGUUUCAGGAAGAGGUAAGACUUUGGAUGCUACCUAUACGAUCGUGGUGUUGGGGUAAUUGUAUGGCACAUCUGGAAAGCAUACUGGGAGUUGGAAGGAGAUUGGAAGGAGAUUGCUCCGGAUAAACUUUUGAUUAUUAAACAAAUAACCAAUUUCAUGGUUAGUUGGUGUUAUGCAAAUGAAAAAAUAAAAGGGAACUCGAGAUCGAAGGAAGCUGGAUUAUUACCUGACAGCUUUAGCCGGGAAAAGCUGAGUUGGGUGAUUUUCAGGCAGGACAUCAAAUCAGCGGUGGGCUUCCUCUUGAAAGAUCACUCGGGCGCGGCGGUAAUGGUGGAUGGCUUUCCGCUAAGUGGCCCUUCGGCGAGCUGGGAGGAGAUAGAGGAGGUGUUCCGACAGGCUCUAGAAUGGGGAGCGUCCUUUCAGUUGGCGCACGUGGAUUCCGGCCCGGACCCGAGUCCACCCCUAACGUGGAAGCUGAGUUUUUUUAUACGAAGUAGUUGGGGCGGUGCUCCAUCGAUGUGGCCUAGCAUGCGUGUUUGUGUGAUUUUGCGUGUUUGUGUGAUUUUGGUUGCUAAAUUAGGAUGGGAGGGUCCGUUUAGAUGGCGGGCUGAGGAUCCUUUGCCAAAUCUUCUACGUGGAGCCUUAUAUUUGGACUAUAAUGUUUCCUUGUAUUUUAUCUUAAUCUCAUUGAUGUUAUGCUUCUUUUUUCGUGAGAGGUUUUGGACUUUUGGUGUGAUCCCCCUCUUUACUUGUUUGUUGAUUUUUCGUUAUUAUUUAUAAUACUUGACAAAUGUUCCCCAACAUUUGUCCCACUGAUUUUGGUGAUUUGCUGACCGGG